CCCCAUAGCGUAUCACAUUUAUGAUACUCAAUUUUAUAUCUCUAUAUAUAUAUAGUAUACACAUAUAUUAUAUUUAUUUUAUAUAUCUAUAGAUACAUUCCAUUACACCUAAUUUAAUCAACUCAUUUCAUUUCUUACCCACCUCUGUUUCUUCUCUCUUUCUUCGUUCUCUCUCUCUCUCUCUCUCUCUACAUUCUUUCGUUCUAGCUAGCUAGAGAGAUAGAGAGAAAGAGAGGUUAAUAUUGAAUCAUAUGGAAGGUGUGUCUGCGACUAUGUAUAAAGGGUUAAAAGGUUACUGGAAGAGAAGAGGCUACAAGAAGCUAAACGGGUCGGAUUCUCGGCGGAGGAAGAUCCGGGUCUCGGAGCUUGGUUCGACCCGAGGAAGAAGAAGACGGGUAUGGCGGAUCCGGAUUGGUCGGCCGAAGCUGGGGUUUCUGAGGAGAGUCCCUUCGCCUAAGAAGUUACUGGUUUGGCUACGAGACGCUUACGUGAAAAUGAUGCUGGGAUUCGCUAAUACGCAGGUGUGUAGUACUGGCUACGGUGGUGGCUUGUUUAACGACCGGAUUGGCUCCUUUGGAAGGGCCCCACUUAAGGAGUACGACAAUAAGAUGAUCAUCGAGAUCUACAAGUCUCUGGUGCUGGCCCAGGCGCAGGCCCAGGGUCAACUCGUGCACCGCGAACCACCCAAGCUCAGCUCCGAGAGCGUUGCCUCGCGGUAAAAUUAUCAUUUUCAUUAUUAUUAGUCGGAACAAAAGGGAAAAAGAAAAAAAAGUAAAUUCACGUUUUUACCCCUUCAAAUUAUGGGGUCAAAUGGUCAAUUCCUCUUUUAUUAAGAAAAAAAAUUGAAUUUGUGAUUUCCUUAAAAUUGUAAGAAAUAGUGGAUUAUCAAAAGCUGACAAAGAAUUAAUAUAGUAAGUUUUUAUUCUC